AGGCCAACCACAGGCCAGUAUAGGCCUGAUAAGCAGAUGGUGAAAACCGGUGCCGCCAUCUUGUUCGAAUGUGUUAAAUGCACAAUAAUGCAGUCGUAGCGAGAUUUCGUUACGUUCUGUCUACUUUAAUACCGUACACAUUAUACAUAUUUAUCAGUGUGUUUAUUAAAUAUCUGUUAAGUGUUUUGUCAAGACAGUAAAAAUAUUCGCGAAGUACAUAGAAAAAUAAAUCUUAGAAGCAGAAACUAUCAAAUAUGCCGAAAGCUAGGUUAAUAACCCGGUCGGUGACAAUGGUUCGUCCACCAGAUAUGACGCUAAAUUUGGAAUGUGUCGAAGAGCCGUUGAGCGACGCUCAAUUGAGCUUUCGCACGAAAUAUAAAGAAAAUUUUAAUACGGUUUCUAAAACCUUAGAAGACUUAGUGAAAGAACGUGGUGGUAAACUUAUUUGUCAAACGGGCGUUGUUGCAGGAUACGAAUACACACUACCCAGUAGUGCUCCUCAUACCACGACAGUUACAACUAAUGCACAAGCUCAAGUACUCAGCGUUAAUCAAGCAAUACAAAACAAGGCUCAACCGAUAAAAUUAAGCAUGAUAAACAAUGCAAACCCUGGACAAGGAAAUAUUCAACUGGUGAUGGAUCCUCGAAUGGGAGUAAUAUUGGGAACAGUUGCUACUCAACCAGGCACACAAACGGCUACGACUAUAGCAACAGCUACUCCGCAUGUACAAACCGAAAAUUUCAAACCUACUACUGUAAGAACUGCCAGUCGUCCAAGAACAAAAGUAAUUCCGAUUUCACAACCUGAUAUUAUUGAAGAGCAACCAGCUCCACCUCAACCUAGGAACCGAUCGCGUCCAACGCCUACGAGUCACGUUGCACCUGUUACAACCAAUGCACCGAGUGUUCAGAAUGUAAGAGUCAAGACUGUCAGCAAACAAAUUCCGACGCCGGUUGCGCAACACGCAACGAGACCAACUGAAGACACCAGCAUCGGUGGAAUUGCAGUUAACAGCAAAAAUGCCGUUGGCGAUCAUAUUGAAGAAUCGAAGAAACAUUUACCUGACGGUAGGGAAAUAACGUUCAAUAAAAUAAAUGGAGGACGUACUUUUCCAUCGUUGGUCGUUGUUGCAAGACCGAAUCUUUGCACGAAAACUGUGACACCGCAAGUCGCGCAGAAAGAAAGAGGCGAAUUGGAUUUACAAGUAAAAAGUGUGCUGAUGUUAUCGGCGACGAAAUUCGCCGAGUGGUUGAUACAACAGGGUUUAGUGAGAUCCGAGCAAUAUUGUUCGCAGCAUAGUACUAAUUAUCAAAAAAUAAAACUAAAACUUGGAAUGUACAGUGAUACUGGAACUUUUCCCUAUUCUGGAGGAUACGUUUGGGUUUCAAGCUGCUGUCCAGACAGAUUCGUCUCUGUUUUUGCUGGUUCAAUCUUUCAAGGUGCGCCACAUCAACCGACAAUUCUUCUAAAAUUGAUCUAUCAUUGGGCUUGCCAAACGAAUAUUCAAAACGUCGUCUCUUGGGUGAAAGUGGGUAAUAUCUAUGUGAAAAAUUUCUACACAAAUCUUCGGAGUAUCUGCACGGCUGCAGUUUGGGACAAAUGCAAAAUAAUGGGCGGAAAGCAUUCCAUGAUUCAGGUCGGUGUCAUCAGUCUUGGCACGACAUCUCAAGAUGGAAAUUUACGCCAGGUAAAAGUUGAAGUCUUGGGCGUAUUGAAUCCAGAAACUUCAGAAUUAAGAUUAAGAGCCUGCGAACCUGUGAUUGAAGGCGAAAGAUCGUACAAACGUCGAUUCAACAAUAUUUUAAAUCCCUUGAAGGACUGGGUUCAUAAGGAUUCGACAAUUUUAACUGAUUUCACCGUUGACAAGAGUACACUUCAAGAAAUGGGGUUCACUAAUGUCACACAAUCGGCUUUCAGUGAACAAAAUCCUCGAAAUGCAACGAGCAAUUAUCACAUUAUGGAAUAUCUCCGAAAAAUUGUUCCAAGAAUGUUCCAAAAUACACUUAGUUUACUCAGUAGGCAAAUGAUUCAACAAUUUCUCGACGAGCUGGUUUGGAGGGAAAUAUUCGGUGCAACCGCCGCAAAAGGUUUUGAAAAUAUCAUUCGUCAUAUUGCUGAACAGACAAGAUUGGACUCAAACGAUGGUCUUUUAGAUCGAUUGGCAAAGAUUUCGGCUAAUCCGUUCAUUGACUGGUCCUAUUCGAAUUCGAGUCCUCCACCACUCGCUCCUAUGGUUUCGAUCCCGAAGGAACCCAGUGCCGAUGCACAUUCAAAGCAGAAUGAUAAAUUUGCGAAUCAAACUAAUAAAAGGAGUAGAAAAAGGGGCUGGCAAACGAGAAGUCCCGAGCCGGAGAGCAAACGUCGUACUCCCGAUUUUUCAGCUUUUGAUAAAGAGAAUAAAAUCGGGGAGAAAGUACAACUUCAAGAGUUUUAUUACGCGACGAUGGAUGGGAAUAAGGCUCAUUCACCGAAAGAGCAUAAAAACGCAUUUUUGUUCAAGUGUUUCCUUUGUAAUGCAACAAUGAGAAGCAACAGCGAAGUUAUGGAGCAUAUGAUCAGUCACGUCCCACGUCAAGUUCCUGGUCAAUCAGAUUCACCAGUUUGUAGAUACUGCUGCAGUGCUUUCUCUUCUCAACACCAGAUUGCUAUUCACGUGACCGAAACCCAUAGUUCUUUCGGUCACUCGGACAGCGAUAUGGUUGUGUGCGCGAUAUGCGAGCAUAAAUUCGGAAACAGUUCUUUACUGAUCAAUCAUUUAUCAUUAAACCACUAUCCUUCCGAAAUGCCUUAUCGCUGUGAAACUUGCGGAUACAGAACGUCCAGUCACAAAGAUGUUAUUGAUCACUACUACAAAGUUCACGAAAACGGCGAGGGUUUACAAUGUCCUUACUGUUUAAAGGUGAUUCAAUUUGUAUCUGAUGGUGUUGUGAACACGCCAAGUAUUCACGGAUAUCUUCUGCAUAUGCAAAGGCAUAUCGUGCGACGAGAAGAGGGUAGGGGCAACAAAUGUACAAGAUGUUGUCUUUGGUUUAACCAGAGAAGUUCCCUGAAGAAUCAUCAAAUCGAACUUCACGACUAUGUGUCUGGUCCAAAGGUCAUUCCUUACAAAGGCAGCUCUAAUGGAAUAAUGAUAACACGUCAACGACCUCAAGUUAAACGAUUCGAAAAAAUCAAUUUCAAUCCCGAAGUUUGUAAAGAUGUGAAAAAAUGGAAUUCCGGUCCAGUUAAAGUCAAUCUUCCCAGCAAUAGUUUUCCUUGUCAAGAAUGCGAGGAAGAUAUCGAUGAAAUAGAUCAUUAUCCAGGAGAACAGAGAUGCCAACAAUGUCGAUACGUUACAUGCUGUUGGCGAGCUUUUAAGGAACAUCAACAACAAAUUCAUAAUGAGAGGCCAAAAACAACUCUUGUUGUCCCAUCUCCAAUGAUCAGUAUACCACUUGAAAAGAAAAUGCAAUGUCCAUGUAGUUUUGCAACAAACGAUGGAAACUUACUAGCGGCUCACUUGGUGAAAUGCAAAAGAAUAUCUGCAUUUCCUGUCGAAAACACAGGACCCUCGGGUAUGUUAGACAGUUUGGGUCUCGUUCCAAAAAGUGCAUCGGAGGUACGCUAAAAUAUUCUAAAUACUCAAUUAUCUUGCGAAUUAAGUACAAAUCAAAGUGAAGAAGAUAAAAAUAAAUUCGCAGCUAAUUUGGUCGUGAAAAAUAUAAAUCUCAACUAACAAAAAAAAAUCCAUUACUGCUUAUUUCAUAUACUUUAAUAAAUGUUUUAUUUUUUAUUAAGAAAAAAAAAGGUAACAGGAUUACGAAUAAAUGUUUACAAGUACGUAAAACUUUCCCAAAAAUUAAUACAUACAACUAGUCGAAGAAAAUCUAUUAAAUUGUACUUUUUUGAACUCAUAAUAUUAUUUUCUGCAAUAUGUUUCUUUUUUUUUUGUUUAUUAUUGUUUUUCGUACUCGUUUCUAUAAAUAAUUAUACAUUGAGGUGAUUGUUUUAGUAUAUAGUACACAGUGUAAAAGACGAUUCAUUGUAGAAUGAUAAAGGAAUGAUAAGAUUGAGGUUCUCGUGAAGCUUACAUUUUUGAAAUUAUAUUUACAAAAUAACAACUUUUAGAGAAAAAAUUUGAAAGUGUAUAUCUUACCGUGAAUGAAUGCAAAUUUUUGUUUGUUUGUUUGGAAGAUUUAAAAACGAAGAAUGCAACAGCAAUUAAAAUAAGUUUAAUUUUAAUAUUACUUUCUAAUGUAUUCAAAAUAAGCUUACGAAUUUUUUCGAAUUAUACUUCUAUUAAAUGUGUAAAUAAAUUUUGUCACUAUUGUGAAUCUAAA